AUGGAAGCACUCAAUGUUCAGCAAAUGAAGGUACCGGCACGUACAACAUGGAACAAUCUAAACGCAAAGGCAAUGCUGAUAAUAUCAUCGGGUAUGGAAUAUGAACAAUUGCAAACCGUGGCACUUGCUGACGUAGACGAGCCGGUCACCAAAGUAGAUAAACUAGCAAAGGCGCUUGGAAAUCUUCCUGUAAAAUACAGCGGUUUUAUUACAGCUUGGGAUUCAUACGAUGAAACAAAACAAACCUACGAGAAUCUGGUUGCACGACUAAUGAAGGAAGAAAAACGGCUGACUGAAGCAGAGGAAGUGGCAGUAGCUUUUGCAUCCCUGAAUGUAAAUAAAACACUAAAAACAAAUACAGAUCAGAAAGGAAAAUCUACAGAUAAAAGAAAUGUAGAGUGCUUCUUCUGCAAGAAGAAGGGUCACUAUAAGUCAGAAUGCCGUAAGAGACUGAAUAAGCAACAGUUACAAAAGGAAGAUAAAAAUCGGAAACAUCAAGCCUUAUCAGUAGAACACAAAAAUAUUAUGGCAUGUGACAACGAAGAGGGGUGGCUGGGUGAUAGUGCUGCCUCAAAGCAUAUGUCCUAUUGA